CGUGCGGAGCUCAUUUCGCAGCGUUACUCAUCGCAACCGCAGUGUGUAGCAGGCAGCUUCCAUUGCACCUCCUGCAUGCACUCCAGAUCCACGGUGGUCACCACAAGACGCUCGGCAACACAGCAUCGUGUCUGCUGCACCCCACGCCAGGAUCGCCGCUCGCAUAUUAGAGGCGCUUUGCUGGGAUCUCGGGGUGUUUUUUUUUUUGCGCAGGAAGUGUGCGAUCCCGACGCCUUCGCCGCCCGGUUAGGUGAUGCUUGCUCACGUAAGGCGCACGCGUGUGAUGAGGGGCGCAGGGGACGCGGCUGGAGGGUGCGCGCUACUGUUGCACCGCCUCACCGGAUAACCGCUAUCUCAUCCCGUCUGGUCUUCCCCCGUUUCCUCUGCGCCGACGAACGGAUUUACCGGACAUUUACCGAGACUUUUUCUUUCCCUUUCUGCCACCACAAGUGGACGAGGGGCCCGAGCUCAGCGUGGAGUGUCCCUCUUUGACGGCGAUUCUGUGGUGCGCAAGCUUUUUUUGCCACCCGGGGAGGCAAUGCGCCCACCCAUGCGAUGCUAGCCCAUUAGCCGGAGGUAGAGAAAGAGAGGAGAAUUUACGAGUCUCGUUUCGCCUUUCAGGAAAGACGAGAAGAAGAGGGGGAGGGCGGCUGGGCUGCUGAAGGAGAAUGCAGCAGUCACAUUUUUAAGCAUGCAGAAGAAGCGGGCCGUUUCCGGUUCCUAGGCUGCUGUGUGUGUGCGUAAGCGUGUCACUGUGUGCGCCCCCCAUCCGAGGCCAGCAGCCGUAUGGGGAAAGCAUCGGCACACACAGAUGGCAUGGACACUUCCACAAGGUCUGCCGCUCUGCCCUGCCUCCUCCACCGGAGCCCGUUCGCCGCCGCCGCCGCCGCCUCUCUCUUGCAGCUCCCUCCGCCGCCCAGCAGCACUGCAGCACAGCACAGGCUGACGGUAUGAGGCUUGAUCCAGUGCAUUUCUCCAUGCUGGUCAUCGGGGUCUCGUUCGCCUGUUACGCCCCGAGUCUCAACUCCCUGCAGGACCAGGCGUACCGAUCAGCUGUGGUCAUUGAGGGCGAGGUGCGCUCCUCCCCGGAGAACGUCUCCUCCCGGGAGCCGUACAGUGUGAAUGUCAAAGUGCUGGACGUGUGGCCCGUCAACAGCGGCGGCCUCGAAAGGGAGCAGCUCGUCACCGUCGGGGACUUCGGUUCCGAGGCCCCAUGCACCACGGUGGAGAAGGACCACAGAUAUAUCUUUUUCAUGGACCCUACCGGGGAACCCUACGUGUUCAAGGCUUCGUACGCCCCCGUGGACGCCAGCGAGCCGGAUCUCAAGAAGGACGUGGAGAGAGUGUUGUGCGAGGACUGCGCCUCCGCUCCUAAGCUGCGACUGAUGCGAGGCCAGUCUCUGGUGGAAGGAGACAAACUGUACUUGAAGUGUGAGGCGUCAGGGAAUCCAAGCCCCUCCUUCCGCUGGUACAAGGAUGGACACGAGCUUCAGGGGGGAAAAGACCUCAGAAUAAAAACCAACAAAAAAAACUCCAAGGUGCUGAUCAGUCGAGUACGUGUGGAAGACUCUGGAAACUACACCUGUGUGGCUGAAAACUCAGUCGGACAAGAAAACGUCACAAGUAUUAUCAGCGUGCAGAUCUUCACCACCACCACGUUGUCCCUGGGUGUCAGUCAUGUGAGGCACUGCAAUGACACAGAAAAGUCCUACUGCAUCAACGGUGGAGACUGUUACUUCAUACAUGGUAUUAACCAGCUUUCUUGCAAGUGUCCCAAUGACUAUACGGGGGACCGCUGUGAAAACUCCGUCAUGGCCGGUUUCUACAAGCUUCUCAGAAUUGAAUUUAUGGAGGCAGAGGAGCUCUACCAAAGGCGGGUGCUGACGAUCACCGGCAUCUGUGUGGCCUUGUUGGUGGUUGGCAUUGUUUGUGUGGUGGCCUACUGCAAAACCAAGAAGCACAGGAAGAAGAUGCAACAUCAUCUACAUCAGAACCAGAAUCAGUGUGUGGAGCAGCCAAACCGCAUGCUGGCCAAUGGGCCCAACCACCCCGGGCCCGGUCCCGAGGAAAUUCCCAUGGUUGAUGUGAGUCCAAACAGUAGAAACACACAGCAGAGAAAGGUACAGUAUAUCUCCAAGAGCGUCCCUACCACGGAGUGUGUCAUCAGCCAUGGAGCUGAGGGUGCCGGCAACUACGCAGGCAGCCGAAUGUCUACCCGCUCGCAUCACUCGACCACUGCCUCUCAUGCAUCCAGACAUGAGGAGCAGACGUGGAGCAUGGAGAGAACAGACAGUAUGAAUUCCGACUGCCAGUCAGGCGGGCUGUCCAGCUCUGUUGGAACCAGUAAAUGCAGCAGUCCAGCUUGUAUGGCAAGGAGGGCGGCCCACUGGGGCUGUACGGAGGUAUCCAGUCCAGGAAUGCAGUACGGGGAUUCCUAUGACUCGCUAAGAGAUUCACCGCACAGUGACAGGUAUGUGUCAGCACUGACCACACCAGCGCGCUUGUCUCCGGUGGAGUUCCACUACCCCCCGCUGCCACCCCAGGUUCCCACCUUCCAUAUCACCUCACCCAACACAAGCCACGCCCUCUCCUUACCACCUGCCGCUGCAGCCUACCGCAGAGAUGACGACCAGCCGCUGCUACGCUGUCCUGAUGAUCGCAGUUUGUACAGGCAGCCUCGGCGACCGCGGCGGCCAUACUUGACAGAGAGCACAGGAAGUCUCCCAUCAAGCCCCUACCGCCUCCCUGACGAGGAGGCCUAUGAGACUACCCAGGAGUACGCCUCCUCACGGGAACCCAUCCGGAGUCGACGCCGCCCGCGACGCAACCGCCUCAACGGACACGUCUCUCAGAGGUCUGCGGGCCUACGGGACUAUACGUCACAGAGUUUCAGCCAAUCAGAAGAAGAAGAGGAAGAGGAGGAGGAAGAUGACGGUCAAGGGGAGCGCACGCCUUUCCUCAGUAUGCAGAACAUGAACAUGGACCUGCCCUUGAGCGUGGCAGGUUACCAUUCAUCGUCAGGGGCUGACACACGGACUCAUCGCGGACUCAGUCGGCCGGGGACUCGAAGUAACGGGCAGAGUCGAAGCUCUCAGUCGCAGCGUUUCAAGUCAGACAACAUGCCCCUUUAAAACCGGCCUCCCUGCCACCCCCCCCCCCCAUACCCCAUCCCCCAACACUCACCCAAGCAGCCCUCCCCAACUCCCUUCCCACACACACUAUUCCACCUCGCACACGCCUCUUUCUUCUUCUGGACUAGAGACCUGCACCAAGGAGAAAUAUUUUUAUUUUGUAUAACAGACAGAUAUUCUAAACAAAUGAAAUAUUUAUUUUCAUUUCAGCAAAAAUUGUCUACUAGCUAACAGCAAAGACUUUUUUAUAACCGGGGGCGGGGGGAUAUUUAUAUGUAAAGGUUUUUUGAUUUACAGCAGUACGAGAGAUGAAAAAAUAUGUGCCAAUUUUUUCACAAGUUAGAUAAAUAGAAUAAUAUUGUGGUGCCUUUUGCUGUAUGCUGAAGUCGGAGGUCCCAUUGAGUUUUGUAGCCUUUCUUAUGAAGACUUCUCAUUUUUAUAGAGACCAAUCCUCUUCCUUACUUUUGCUUUGGGUUUUUUUUUCUCUGAUUUGGGAUCCUCCUCUUUUUGAACUGUGAUCUGAGUACGUCAUCAUGCAAUAUUGAGUCCUUCUGUGUAAAAGGUGUUUGUUUACAUGGUUUUCAUCCACGCAGCACGCUCGUCUCACAGGGACAUUGUCACUGGCGGGGGUAGUUUCGGAUGAACGCAUGUCAUUCAUUCACAGCUUUGAUUUUUUUAAUUUUUUUUUGUGGAAUAGUGAAUGGGAAUGUGACAUCAGUCUCAUGUACGUGACCAGGGUGCUGCCAUAACACAGGGGUUGCUUUUGAGAGUGUGAACGUGUUUGUUUGUUUGUGUGUGCGCCAGAAUCUCCAUUGCACUGACCCCCCCCUCCCCUUGUGAGCAGUCAUUGCCCAUCAAACCCACCAGUUGAAAUCCAGCCUGACUCUGGCCUCUUGUGGACUGCCAAGCCCACGCAUUUCCUAUGCCAGCAGCUGAGAGCCGCACUGUGUCUCAGGACUUCCCCAUCACAUCACUGGAGUAAGAGGAAGCUGUCACCGCAUCCACGUUUGCAGGCCAAAAUCACAUCACAUACCCCCCCUCGGAAGCAUACAUGUCAGGGUCGUGGUUUCGGAUUUGUGCAGAGAACUUUGACGGGCGAAUCAGACUUUUAUUUUUUUUAAUUUCCAAAGGUGUGAAAGUGGGCGUGCAUGUUGCACCCGAGACAACAUUUUUAUUUCUGAUGUGGCAAGAUUUGGGUUCCUCAUUUAUUUGUGUGCUAUUUUCACCAUAUUGGAAUGUCAUCCACUUUCACUGCUCUCAUAGGAAAGGACAUCAUUUGCAUUAAAGGGACUGUUUGCAAAUACUUUUUAAACCAGUAAAUAUAUCCAGUAAGAACAACAUUGACUAAAAUAUGUUACCAUUAGCGGAUUAAAACAACAUAACAAUUUAUAGCAAGUUAUUUGCAGCAAGUUCGCACCCGGUCGGCAGCCGCCUGAGGUUGCAAACAGUCCCUUAAUAGGAAUUUGGAAUUUUGCCCAUCUUCGACAAUCCACAUGUGAGACAAAAACACACCUUUCGCUUGUCUGUGUUUUAGAUAGCUGCAGUUUUUCAUUAACAAAGCCCUCUUAAAAAAAACAUCCAAAAACUGUCACCAACAUGUUGCUACCUGCAUACUAUCCAGGCUAUAGUGACUACAUAGAGAAUAUAUAGAGGCUAUAGACAAGCUAUUAUUAUUAUUAUUAUUAUAGGUUAUAUAUAAGACAUUCUUAUUGUAGGAGCUAACACCGAGGAACAGCGCAUUGCUCCGACAUUUCACACUCCCUUCUUGACUACUCUUGACUAAGGUUCUGGAUCCUUAUUGGUGGUUGGCCAUGGCAACUUAGUGGUAGCAAAGACAUUGCUUCAUUGAAAAAAGUUCCGGUAAUGAAUAUUGUGGCUUCACUCGAUCAGUUUUUCAAAAAUUAAGCAUUUUCAAGCAUAAAAAUGCUAUAUUAAGUAAAAUGCAUGUUAUAAAGCAUUCAGCAGACACAGUCAAAGAUUAGUUCUGGACUUAAUCUCCAGAACAACACACUUUUAUUGCAGGUUUCAUUCAUUCAUUCAUUUUCUACCGCUUAUCCUCAUGAAUGUCGCGGGGGUGCUGGAGCCUAUCCCAGCUGUCUUGGGGCGAGAGGCGGGGUAGACCCUGGACUGGUGGCCAGCCAAUCACAGGGCACAUAUAGACAAACAACCAUUCACACUCACAUUCAUACCUAUGGACAAUUUGGAGUGGCCAAGAAAGACACGUGUUGUCGUCUGACAUAUGGAUUGUGGAUGAAGGUCAAAAUGUUAAAGAAGAGUGGCGUCUGUCUUUUAUUUAUAAUUUAGCUCAAGGCCGGUGUAACACUAAUUACAUCAUCGUUAGUAUGCAUUUCUAUACGUUUAUCGGUCAACUUAUGUUGCUUGGUCAUGUUGACUGAAUGCUCUGUAUGUCUCUUGUGUAACCCCCCCACCCCCCUUUGUCCCCUCACAAUCAUGUCGUUCUUUACUCCUUCCAGACCCGAAGAAGCAUCGAUGAAUCAAGGCUACACAUUAGAGAACAGCAAACUAAUAGUCGAGAGAUCAUGUCAGAAACCCGUGCAUUUCAGAUAUGUACAGUGCAUUGGCUCUAGACACCCCCUCCAACAAUAAUCUUCACUCUUAAGAGUUGGUUUUAAUAUUGUUUUCACACAGGAGAUGCAUGGAUCACAGAGAAAAACACCUUUGAAAAAGAGGAACCCCCUUCAAUUCAGGGGAAUCAUAUUAGAAUUCUACUUAAAAGCAUUAAUUGGCUUCACGGCUCUGAGGUCUGCCUAGUUUUGUCUUAUUAUCACUGUAAUCAAUCUGGGAAUCGCAAUGUGGAAAUACUGCAAGUGAGGGUAGUGUGCUUCUAGAGCUAGUUGAAUUGUUAACACUCCCGCCCUCUUUCUCCUUUUCUCCUCACCCGAGACCCCCAGUCCCUCAGUACCACCCUUGACGUGCACACACAGCAUACACAGCUAAGCACAUACACGUACAAACACACACACACAAAAACACACACAAAAACACACACAAAGCCACACACAGCCCCAUCAUGUAUGUCAAGCAGUUUGGCUCCAUUAUUAUUUUCCCCCCCUUUCUCUUCUUUCCUCUGCCCCCCCCCCCCCCCCCCUGCAUGUCCUAGUGGUACUGGUAGUUGGGUGCAUGGAAAAAGCAGUCAGCAAACUGUUUCUUUUCUUUCCACUUGGUGAAAAAAAUUAAAUGUGUAUUCAUUUUAACAUUCAGCAAUAAAUCCCCUUAUCUUCAUGUCCAUCGUUCUUGGAAUAUGCUAGAUUUUUUGCAAGUUUGAUCAAAGAAAAAAAAAAUACAACAUACUACUUGUAAAAGACAAAAAGUCCAAAAUCACUCAGUUCAUAUGAAAAAUAAAACUUUAUUGCUACCAUUUUGAGAAAAAGCCUGUUAUAUUUAUGAAAAAUAAAGAUGGUUGUUUGGUCAUUUUCGUCCCCACAAAAGUGACGAGACAAAAUUGGAUCUGUUGUCAGUCGGCCACCUUUUUACUUAUUAUUUUUCUUCUUCUUUACAGUGCGAGUGACUUAGGACUUCCUUUAGUUACUUUAGUUUAGUUGGUUACAGUAAGUCCCGAUUUACAUCACAGUCUAGGAACUUGUUCGUGACC